GCAGACCAGAAGAUGCGCUUUGCUGCGCUCUCCGCAGCAAAAAUCGUGGUAUCACCAAACUUCCUUGCUAGAAACCACCGUCAAGAUGCCUGCAAACAACAUGCGCAGGCCAUCCACGCCUGAUCGAGAAGCCAAAAAGGAAACAGAGACUGUAAGCGGCGUGCACGUCGCGACUAAUGACCGUGACGACGCCGAGGUUAGUGACAAGGACAGCUCUCUGAACGAAAAGGACAACGAAAAGCAAGGCGACCGCAAGCUUUCGGAACAAGAUCCCAAUGCCCUUCUGGCCAACCCGCUCAAAGCCCUCAGCCGAGUAGAGGUGGCAGAGAGAGCCAGAGCUUGGGCUGACGAAGCUGGCCUGGGCGAGGACAGAGAGCUAUUUGCCCGCGCUGCGCUCGUGGCGCAGAAUCCCACUCGCUGGGACGAGAUGCCCGAAUUGUCGCAAGAGGAGAAGGAUGCCCUCACCUUUGAGCAAGACCAUCCUUAUCGUCAACCAAAGGCGCUCUGGCUCUUGGUACUGACGGUCUCGCUUUCUGCAGCGGUGCAGGGCAUGGAUCAAAGCGCUAUCAAUGGAAGCUUGCUUUUCUUCCCGGAGCAGUUCGGAAUCGCCGACAGAUACGAUGGGUGGCUGACGGGCAUCAUCUCAGCUGCGCCUUACUUCUCCUGCGCCAUCUUCUCAUUCCUUAGCUCGCCAUUGAACUACUACUUUGGGAGAAGGGGGACCAUUGCCAUCACGUGUGUGAUUGCCAUGGUCACCUGCAUCUGGGCAGCGGUCGUGCCCAGUUGGGAAUUGCUCUUGGCUUCGAGGGUUGUCCUCGGUCUGGGAAUCUCUCCCAAAAGUGCCACAACGCCCCUGUAUGCAGGCGAGUGUGCACCAGCAAAGAUCCGUGGACUCUUGGGCAUGCAGUGGCAGACCUGGACGGCUUUCGGCAUCGCACUUGGACAAGCAGCUUCCUUGGCAUUUUACGGAGUGCCGGACAGCAGCGGCAUCGAGGGUCUCAACUGGAGGUUGAUGCUUGGUGCUCCGGCUGUGCCACCCCUUGCCGUCUUGGCGCUCGUUUAUCUAUCGCCCGAAUCGCCCCGUUGGUAUCUGGGCAAAGGACGAAAAGCUGAAGCCUUCCGCUCGAUGAGGCGUCUGCGAAACACACCGUUGGAAGCCGCACGAGACAUUUACUACGCCAACGAAUUGCUCGAAGCUGAGAAGCACCUUGGCGCCAACAAGCAGCGCAACGCCUUGCUCGAGCUCGCAUCUGUUCCGCGCAACCGAAGAGCUGUAGAAGGAGCUUCGUUCGUGAUGUUCAUGCAGCAAUUCUGCGGCAUUAAUGUGAUUUCGUACUUCUCAUCGCAAAUUUUCGUAGAUGCAGGCGCCACUCCUCGCAACGCGCUUGUUGCAAGCUUUGGCUGGGGUGUGCUCAAUUGGCUCGCUGCGGCUCCUGCAUUUAUCUCGAUCGACAAAUUUGGCCGUCGAACGCUGCUCUUGAUCGGGUAUCCGUGCAUGAUGGUGUGCCUCCUGAUCUCGGCCUUCUCAUUCCUCGCCCCUCAAGGCUCCCCCGGCCGUAUCGGAGGGGUGGCCGUCGGUAUCUACCUUCAUUGCUUAGCCUACAGUCCUACUGCCGGUCCUGUCCCCUUUACGUACUCUGCCGAGAGCUUCCCUUUGUAUGUUCGAGAAAGCGGAAUGGCUUGGGCAGUCUCUGUUUGUUGGUUUUUCAACGGAGUUCUUUCCCUCACGUGGCCGUCGAUGCAACGCAACUUAGGCUCGACGGGAGCGUUUGCAUUCUAUGCAGGCUGCAACGGCGUCGCAUUCGUCGUUGCCUACUUCUUCCUCAAAGAGACCAAAGGACUCACGCUCGAGGAGCUGGACUCGGUCUUUGGCGUCAGCAACCACGAUCACGCGAUCUACCAAGCAGGAAAAGCAUCGUACUACGCGAGCCGCCUGACGGGCAAGCGAGCAUCCAAACCAGAACCCCUCUACGCCCACGAAAAGCUGAGCGCGGAAGAGCGCGCGGCGCGUGGGACAUUAGCACCGGUCGCAAUGGGCCACUAG